CAUACAUGUACCUAUCUUCAGCGACUAAAAGUAUUUUAUUUAAAAUUUAAAAAAUUAUAACAUAAAUGAACAUAGGUAAAUCAAAUUUAAUAUUUACCAUGGAAAUUAAACAGGAAACUAGUGAAAAAACUUGUAAAAUAGAAAUAGAUAAUGAGGCAGGUGUUAAUCUUUUGGAUGUUUUCAAAAUUGAAAUUAAAGAAGACCCCAAGAAAGAAAGUGCCUAUGAAACAUUUGUUUAUUUAGACUUAAAUGAAUUUCCUGUAAACACUAAAGUAGAAAAAGAUGAAUAUAAAUUUACUCUAUUUGAAGAAAAGCAAACAACAAAUGAAGAAAGUUGUUCACAGGAAGAUAAUAAAAUGAAAAUUAUGGAAACAUCACAUUCAACUCAUAAAGGAAAAUAUACAGGUCAAUAUGCUGAGGGAAAAAUAUUAAAUAAAAAUAUGAAACCUGCAACUGGGCAAAGAUCGUACAAAUGUGAAAUUUGUUUUAAGCAGUUUUCACGAAAGGAUAUUUUGAGAAAACAUUCUAUAAUGCACACUGGAGAAAAACCUCACAAGUGUGAAAUUUGUUUUAAGCAGUUUUCCCGAAUUGAUGCUUUCAGAAAACAUUCGAUAACGCACACUGGAGAAAAACCUCACAAGUGUGAAAUUUGUUUUAAACAGUUUAGUGCAGCAGGUAAUUUAAAAAGACAUUUGAGGGUGCACACUAGAGAAAAACCCCACAAGUGUGAAAUUUGUUUUAAACAGUUUAGUCACGCAAGUAAUGUAAAAAGACAUUUGAGAAUGCACACUGGAGAAAAACCUCACAAGUGUGCAAUUUGUUUUAAACAGUUUACCCAAGCAAAUAGUUUAAAAACACAUUCGAGAGUGCACACUGGAGAAAAACCUCACAAGUGUGAAAUUUGUUUUAAACAGUUUAACCAAGCAAUUAGUUUAAAAACACAUUUGAGAACGCAUACUGGAGAAAAACCUCACAAGUGUGAAAUUUGUUGUAAGCCGUUUACUACUAUAGGGCAGUUGACAGUUCACUUGAGAACGCACACUGGGCAAAAACCUUACAAGUGUGAAAUUUGUUUUAGGAAGUUCAAUCAAGCAAGUAAUUUAAUAGCACAUUUGAGAGUGCACACUGGAGAAAAACCGCACAAGUGUGAAAUUUGUUGUAAGCCGUUUACUACUAUAGGUCAGUUGACAGCUCACUUGAGAAUGCACACUGGGCAAAAACCUCACAAGUGUGAAAUUUGUUUUAAACAGUUUAAGCAAGCAAGUAAUUUAAAAGCACAUUUGAGAGUGCACACUGGAGAAAAACCGUACAAGUGUGAAAUUUGUUUUAAGCAGUUUACUACUAUAGGUCAGUUGAAAGUCCACUUAAGAACGCACACUGGUAUAAAGAAAUAAGGCUGGACUACCCUAGUGAUGUGGUUGAUUAAUCACGCACAACAUAUUUCCCAUUAAAACCUUUAUUGUUUUCUCGGUAAAUUUAGUACCUAACGGUUCCUCGUACCCAAUUGACGAUGAAAUGUACUUGUUCUCAACAGUAGCAACCCACCGAAACUGACUCGUCUGACCCACUAAUGACUCAAAUCUGAUCUCAAUCUCAACAUGUUAUCUUUAUUUAUCAAUACGUCAUUGUGUAAAUAUGUUUGUCUAUAGUUUUUCAUUACUGUUUCAGUUUAUUAAAGUAUAUGUCUGAUGUUUAUUGUUUUAUAAAUAAAGAUCUAAUGAUUA